CCUCGCUUCAUACAAAAAGCAAGGUUUUUGGCGGCGGAACCUUCCGGACGAUCGCAUCCGGAUUUCUCCAUCUGAUUUGUCGCGAUGAUGGCCGCGCGGUUCCUCCAGCGCGCGCUCUCGACCGCGACGCACGUCACGCCGCGCCGCUCAAGGCUCCAGGCCGGUCCGUCUCUUGCAGACUUUGUACGCGCUUCGGGCGAGCCAGCAGCGCCAUCGACCGAAGACAACGUGGCGGCCAUGCGGGCGCUCGUCGCGCAGCUACAAGCCGCGGAGAAGGAAGACAACCUCGUUGAUACCUUUGGGCGCGUGCAUACCUGUCUGCGUAUUUCGCUCACGGAGCGCUGCAACCUCCGGUGCCAGUACUGCAUGCCAGCCGACGGGGUGCCAUUGCAGCCUCACGACAACAUGCUCACGACCGACGAAAUCGUCCGGCUCGCAUCGCUCUUUGCGGCCCAUGGCGUCACAAAGCUUCGGCUCACGGGCGGCGAACCGCUCCUGCGCAAGGACAUAAUCCCGCUGACGCAGGCGCUGCAUGCGAUUCCCGGCAUCGCGUCGGUUGGCGUCACGACCAACGGCAUCGCGCUACCAAAACACUCGUCGGCGCUCACAGCGCUCCACACGCGGCUCAACAUCUCGCUCGAUACGCUGGACGCACGCAAGUUUGAGCACAUUACGCGCCGGAAAGGCUUUGCGCGGGUCAUGGCGGCGAUCGAAGUGGCGGCGGCCACGUCAUCCGUGCCCGUCAAGAUCAACUGCGUCGUCAUGCGCGACUUCAACUUGUCCGAAGUGGCGGACUUUGUCGCGCUGACGAUCGACAAGCCAAUCGAUGUCCGCUUCAUCGAGUGGAUGCCGUUCGACAGCAACCAGUGGAGCGAUCGCACGUUUGUACCGUACCGCGAGAUGCUCACGCGCAUCGAAGAGGCGUUCCCGCUGCGGACGCGCAAGCUCGCCGACGACGACCACGACACGGCCAAGGCGUACGCGAUCGACGGCGCGCGCGGUCGAUUCGGCUUUAUCACGAGCAUGAGCGAGCACUUUUGCGGUGGCUGCAACCGGCUCCGGCUCACGGCCGACGGCAACCUCAAGGUCUGUUUGUUUGGCCACACGGAAGUGAGUCUCCGCGACGCUCUCCGCGCGGGCUUCUCGGACGACGAGCUCCGGCUCAUUGUGCAGGCCGCGGUGAAGCGGAAAAAGUUCGCGCUCGGCGGCCACGGCGACAUGUAUGGCAUUGCCAGCGCCAAGAACCGGCCCAUGAUCCUCAUUGGCGGCUAGCGCAUACGGUCGAUAUUGGUGCUUAAUAUGACUCGUCGAGGCUGCUUGUGUGUCUACGUACUAAGCAGCGGAAUUGCGCUUGACGUGUGCACCUUUGC